AUGAACAAUGAAGGCACCAACAAAGAUCAACAAGUUGGCAAGUCUGUGAAUAAUACCAUGAACCGAACGAAGAAUGUUAAGCAAAAUUCCCACAAACAAUGGGAUACCUACAUCAGCAACAGUAAUAUAACUAAGUAUAACAAGAAGGGUAAAAGGAAGGAAGAAAAAUCACAUACCUUGCAAGAAGACCGCACUGAUAGGCUAGAAGAUCAUCAUGAAGAUAAACAUACUAAGCUAAAGCAAAACAAGGAUAAGAAACCAGUGGGUAAUAGCUAUACUAGCAUCAACAUGGAGACUCAAGACACAACAAAAGAAAUGAUACACAUGAGGGAGAAAGACCAUAAAAUUACUUUGCAAGAUGGGCGCAAUGGGCAGAAAGGAGGAACCUCAAAAGUCAGCAAAGGGAAGAACAAUAAUGAAUACAACAAGAAUACUAAACCAAAUCACCUUAGUCAUAGGUGCAACAAUAGAGAAAACAAGGAUUGUCAUGAAGACUAUAAAAAAAUCGACGAUUACAAUAAGAGGGAUACCCGAUCUACCCGAACGAAUAACAUGCAAAUGGAAACCUGGAAUGAUGAAGCUUUCAACAAUGAUGCCAAGGAAGGAAAGUGCGAAAGAAACCCUGGAAGCAAAUUUCUGAAUCACAACGAAGAUAAAAAAGCAAAAGAAUAG